AUGGGAACGAAGAAGCGCCAGCGCUCCGAGAGCUUCCAAGGCGACUCAGGCAGCGACGGCGACGCCCGCCAGCGAUUGGACGUUUUCCGCGCGCGCAUGUUCGCGUUGCCGCAAGAAGGAUCGCCCGUGGCGGCAGAAGAGACGCCCCGCGUGCUGUUGAAGGCAAAGGACAAGCGCCUGAAAAAGCAGUUGACGCGUGACGGCGACGUGGACGAUCAGGAAGUCGUACCAAUAAUGAAACUCGUCACUUUGAAGAAGCAGAAGAAGCAGAAGGAAAAGAAGAAAGAGAUGAUGAUGAAGAGGGAAGAGGAGCAGGUGGUGACAGAUGAGGAGACAAUGACGGAGAAGAAGAAGCAGAAGAAGAUGGAGAAGGAGAAGAUGAAGAGGGAAGAGGAGCAGGUGGCGACAGUUGAGGAGACAACGACGGAGAAGAAGAAGCAGAAGAAGAUGAAGAGGGAAGAGGAGCAGGUGGCGACAGAUGAGGAGACAACGACGGAGAAGAAGAAAAGAAGAAGAUGGAGAAGGAGAAGAUGA